ACAUUGGCCAUCCACAGAACAUCGUCUCUGAUAAUGAAACGCCCAGCUUUGCCAUCUCAAAGCUUCUCUCUAGAUCACAUUGCUCUCUUGUUGCAUAAAUGCCUAAAAGCAAAAGCCUUGAAACCUGGCAAGCAAGUCCAUGCUUGGUUACUGGCUACCGGAACUGAUAUGAAAAUAUUAUCGUUGAACGCAAAGCUCGUUGGCAUGUAUGCGAGUUGUGGGGAUUUGGGUUCUGCUCGUUUCAUCUUCGAAAGGAUUCAAAAGCCGAAUGGUUUCGCUGUGAAUUGGAUGGUUUUGGCCUCUGCAUUUAAUGGGUACUUUGAAGAAGCAAUAGGGUACUUCUCUGUAAUGCGGGAGUCGAUGAAUUUUUGCAAUAAAUUUACGUUUUCCGUUUUGUUGAAAGCUUGUGUUGGGUUGAUGGAUUUGAACAAGGGGAAGGAAGUCCAUGCCAUUGUUAAAAUGACGGGGCUUGAGAGUGAAGUAGGUAAUCCCCUGAUUGACAUGUAUGGUAAAUGCGGGCACUUAUGUUAUGCUCGUAAGGUGUUUGAUAGAAUGGUUGAGAGAGAUAUUGUUUCCUGGACAUCGAUGAUAUGUGGGUACUGUAACGUGGGAAAUAUGGAUAUAGCAUUUGAUCUGUUCCAGAGAAUGAAAUUGGAAGGAUUGAGCCCUAAUGACUUCACAUGGAAUGCGUUGGUAUCAGGCUAUGCUCGGGUGGGAGAUAUCAGAGGUGCAGUUGCUCUUUUUGAUCGAAUGAUUGGAGAAGGUUUGGUUCCUGAUUUGAUUACAUGGAAUGCUAUUAUUUCAGGUUUUGCUCAGGGGCAGCAACCUGUUGAAGCAUUCAAGUGGUUUCGAGACACAUUUAGGUCAGGGAUUAAACCAGAUCAGGUUACCAUAACAGGAUUGCUCCCAGCUUGUGGAUUGACUGGAUCAAUUCAAAAAGGUAGAGAGAUUCAUGGUUAUAUAUAUAGGAUGGCGCUUUAUAAGAACGUGUUUAUUGCUAGUGCUCUUAUUGACAUGUACUCAAAAUGUGGCAGUGUGAAAGAUGCUGAGAAUGUGUUUGAAAAGAUGCCCAUCAAGAAUUCUGCAUCAUGGAAUGCCUUGAUUGGAUGCUAUGGGAAACAUGGCAUGAUUGAUUCUGCAAUAAUGCUGUUUGAAAGGAUGCAGGAAGAAGGAAUACAGGCUAGUGGUUUGACCUUAACUUCUGUUCUGUCUGCAUGCAGUCACAGUGGUUCUGUUGAGAUAGGUUUAAAGAUAUUUAGGUCCAUGGAAAAAAGUUACGGGAUUGAAGAACAUUAUGCUUGCAUAAUUGAUAUGUUAUGCCGAGCAGGAAGGAUGGAAGAAGCUUAUGAAUUAAUAAAAGAGAUGCCAUUUGAAGUUACUGAGUCAAUUGCCUGUGCCUUCUUCCAUGGAUGUAAGAUCCAUGGUAGAAAAGAUUUGGCUAAAUUGAUGGGUGAAAAAAUUCUGAAAGUGGAAUUAAGAAAACCAGGAGGUUUUGUUACCCUAUCAAAUAUUUUUGCUGCUGAUGGUGAAUGGGAAGAGGUUGAGAAUCUAAGGAAGAUAAUGAAGGAGAAGAAAAUCCAGAAAGUGCCUGGCUUUAGCUGGCUUGAGAAGAAAGAUGAUUUGGCUGGGCCAAAGGUAGAAGAGGAAAGCAACAGAAAGAGAGGUGACACAUACUAAUCAUUGCCAGUUAAUAUGGGGACGAGUUUCAAAAGACACUAUCCCUAUCAUAAUCAUAUUAUUCAUCAUCGUGACACUUGUGCUUAAUUUGGGGAAAUGCUAAAUAUGCGGUACCACUGGAGAGCACCUGAAGCCAUGAAGGUUUUCAAUUCAACAGAAAGAAAGGACUUAGAAGGGGAUAUUCCACCUAACAAUUUCUAUACUCAAUGGUGAAAAUAAAUGUGUCCUAAGUUGUUUAUUAUAUUAAUCAAAUUGCUGAUUUUUUGUUUUUGUUUUUGUUUUUUUUUUAAUUGUGAAUUGAGGAAUUAGAUCUUGCAGAAAAACAAGGGAAUAGUCAAUGUAGGGGAAACAGUGGAAUAGUCAAUGUAGGGUUGCAAUGAAGACUAAGAGUUUGAAAAUUGAAGUGUGAUAUCGCUUUUAAAAGUAUUUUAGAGGGAGGAUCUUGUCCUGAGAUAAAGCACAUGCACAUUG